GGUCCGGAACAUCGUCAAAAUUUGUAACUCCGGUAUUUUAAAUUAAAGUUGAAAAAAAUAGUCAUACAGAAUAAAAGGCUGUUAUUUUGGACAUGGAUUUAAGACACCUGCUUCAGGUGUUGACCUGUGUUGCGAUUAUGCUUAUGUGGUGUGAUGCAAGGAAUCAUUUUACGGACAAGUCUUGUACAAAGACUAUCAAGUUUAAAACUAAUGAAACCUAUCGUAAGUUGGUUGAAUGCCCUUACUAUGUACGGAAGUGCAAGAAAAAUUGGUUUGGACAACGAGUUUGUACCACAGAGAGAAGGAUUGGGCUGUGUUUGAAAACCUUCACGAGAUCCGCCUACAAACUUAAGGAGAUGUCUGUAUGUUGUCCCGGAUAUACAGAAACAGCCAACAACAAUUGCUCAAGAGUAUGUGACAAUGAUAAAUACGGAUUUCAAUGUCAAUAUCACUGCUCCUGCCCCGACAACGCUUCUCCGUCAUGUGACGUGAACGAUGGUAGAUGCACGUGUUUUCCUGGUUGGAAAGGAAGCGGAUGUGAUAUAGUUUGUCCGUCUGGAACUUUUGGAUUGAACUGCAAGGAGAUGUGCACAUGCGCCGAUAAUGAAUCCUGUAACCCAGCAGACGGAAGUUGUAUAACUGUGGUGCAAAGGUCAAAGGCUACUUGA